AGCGCGGGGGGGAGGGGCAGCCCCGCCGCCUGCGCCCUUUUCCCGGGAAGAGCUCAGCCCGUGCAUCCCGGCGGAGCGGGAGGGGGAGGGCGGGAGCGUCCCGGCCGCUGCAGCUGCAACCGCUGCAGCCGCUGCAGCCCAGCCCCGCCGUUGUCCUCCACCGCCGCCGCCGCCCCGGCCCCUGCAGGGGAGCAGCGACACGGACCCCGGCCGCCCCACGAAGACGGGGACGAGGAGGAGGAGGAAGAGGAGGAGGAGGAAGAAGGGGCGACCCAGGCCCGGGGCCGCCGCCCCGGCCAGCAGCCCCCGCUGAGCCCCAGGACCAGCAGCAGCGCUGCUGCAAUCCCCCCCCUCCACCAUUUCAUCCUUUCGGAAUAUUCCCACCAGAGCGGGGAAGGACCCCCGGAGAGAUUUAACAAAAAAAUUUUUUUUUUCGGAGGGGUGGAUUUAUUCUCUCUUUUUUUACCCUUUCCACCCUUUCUGGCUCAUUUCUCCUCCGGACCAUGGCCGACGACGACGUGCUCUUUGAGGAUGUGUACGAGCUGUGCGAGGUGAUCGGCAAGGGUCCCUUCAGCGUUGUGCGGCGAUGCAUCAACAGAGAAACUGGGCAACAAUUUGCUGUAAAAAUUGUUGAUGUAGCGAAGUUCACUUCAAGUCCAGGGCUAAGUACAGAAGGUAAGAGAUGGAUUUCAAAUCUGAAGAGGGAAGCCAGUAUCUGUCAUAUGCUGAAGCAUCCACACAUUGUUGAACUUUUGGAGACCUACAGCUCAGAUGGAAUGCUUUAUAUGGUUUUCGAAUUUAUGGAUGGAGCAGAUCUGUGCUUUGAGAUUGUGAAACGAGCAGAUGCUGGUUUUGUUUACAGUGAAGCUGUAGCCAGUCAUUACAUGAGACAGAUACUGGAAGCACUACGCUACUGUCAUGAUAAUAACAUAAUUCACAGGGAUGUGAAGCCUCACUGUGUCCUCCUUGCUUCAAAAGAAAACUCCGCGCCUGUUAAACUUGGAGGUUUUGGAGUAGCCAUUCAGUUAGGCGAGUCUGGAUUAGUCGCUGGAGGGCGUGUAGGAACACCUCAUUUUAUGGCCCCAGAAGUGGUGAAAAGAGAGCCCUAUGGGAAACCUGUGGAUGUCUGGGGUUGUGGAGUGAUCCUCUUUAUCCUGCUCAGUGGGUGCCUGCCUUUCUACGGAACCAAGGAAAGAUUGUUUGAAGGUAUCAUUAAAGGAAAAUAUAAGGGGAUGCCACAGCUUCCGAGGGGAUCAGAAAGAUUUCAGAUGAAUCCCAGACAGUGGAGCCACAUCUCUGAAAGCGCAAAAGAUCUCGUGCGCCGUAUGCUUAUGCUAGAUCCAGCUGAAAGGAUAACCGUUUAUGAGGCCCUGAAUCAUCCUUGGCUUAAGGAGAGAGACCGUUAUGCAUACAAGAUUCAUCUUCCAGAAACAGUAGAGCAACUGAGGAAAUUCAAUGCAAGGCGGAAACUAAAGGGAGCAGUACUAGCUGCUGUAUCGAGUCACAAAUUCAAUUCAUUCUAUGGGGAUCCACCUGAAGAACUGCCAGACUUCUCUGAAGACCCUACUUCCUCAGGACUUCUAACAGCUGAAAGAGCAGUUUCCCAGGUGCUGGACAGUUUGGAGGAAAUUCACGCCCUUACGGAUUGCAGUGAGAAAGAUCUAGAUUUUCUACACAGUGUUUUCCAGGAUCAGCAUCUUCACACACUGCUGGAUCUAUAUGACAAAAUUAACACAAAGUCUUCACCACAAAUCAGGAACCCUCCAAGUGAUGCUGUCCAGAGAGCCAAAGAGGUAUUGGAAGAAAUUUCAUGUUACCCUGAAAACAGUGAUGCAAAAGAACUAAAACGUAUUUUAACACAACCUCAUUUCAUGGCCUUACUUCAAACUCAUGACGUAGUGGCACAUGAAGUUUACAGUGAUGAAGCAUUGAGAGUUACCCCUCCUCCCACAUCUCCAUACUUGAACGGAGAUUCUCCAGAAAGCGCCAAUGGUGACAUGGACAUGGAGAAUGUCACACGAGUGCGGCUGGUCCAGUUCCAGAAGAACACAGAUGAACCAAUGGGAAUCACUUUGAAAAUGAAUGAACUGAACCAUUGCAUUGUUGCAAGAAUUAUGCACGGGGGGAUGAUUCAUAGACAAGGCACACUCCACGUAGGUGACGAAAUCCGAGAAAUCAACGGUAUCAGUGUAGCAAACCAAACAGUGGAGCAAUUGCAAAAAAUGCUGAGGGAAAUGCGGGGGAGUAUUACCUUCAAGAUUGUGCCAAGUUACCGCACUCAGUCUUCAUCCUGUGAGAGAGAUUCCCCCUCUACAUCCAGACAGUCCCCAGCUAAUGGUCCUAGCAGCACUAACAAUUCUGUUUCGGACUUGCCAUCAACUACCCAACCAAAAGGACGACAGAUCUAUGUAAGAGCACAAUUUGAAUACGAUCCAGCAAAAGAUGACCUCAUUCCCUGCAAAGAAGCUGGCAUCCGAUUUAGAGUCGGGGACAUUAUCCAGAUAAUUAGUAAGGACGAUCACAAUUGGUGGCAGGGUAAACUGGAGAAUUCCAAAAACGGCACAGCCGGCCUCAUUCCUUCUCCCGAGCUUCAGGAAUGGCGAGUAGCUUGUAUUGCCAUGGAGAAGACCAAACAGGAGCAGCAGGCUAGCUGUACUUGGUUUGGCAAGAAGAAGAAGCAGUACAAAGAUAAAUAUUUGGCAAAGCACAAUGCAGUGUUUGACCAAUUAGAUCUUGUUACAUAUGAAGAAGUAGUAAAACUUCCAGCAUUCAAAAGGAAAACACUAGUAUUACUAGGUGCACAUGGUGUUGGAAGAAGACACAUAAAAAAUACACUCAUUACAAAACAUCCAGACAGAUUUGCAUACCCUAUUCCACACACAACUAGACCUCCAAAGAAAGAUGAAGAAAAUGGAAAGAACUAUUACUUUGUGUCCCAUGACCAAAUGAUGCAGGACAUAUCCAACAAUGAAUAUUUGGAGUAUGGCAGCCACGAGGAUGCGAUGUAUGGGACAAAACUGGAGACAAUACGGAAAAUCCAUGAGCAGGGAUUGAUUGCAAUACUGGAUGUGGAACCCCAGGCACUGAAGGUCCUGAGAACUGCAGAGUUUGCUCCUUUUGUAGUUUUUAUUGCUGCACCUACGAUUACGCCAGGCAUUAAUGAGGAUGAAUCUCUUCAACGCCUGCAGAAGGAAUCCGAGAUCUUACAGAGAACAUAUGCACACUACUUUGAUCUAACAAUAAUCAACAAUGAAAUUGAUGAAACAAUCAGGCAUCUGGAGGAAGCCAUUGAGCUUGUGUGUACAGCACCCCAGUGGGUUCCAGUGUCAUGGGUGUAUUAGGCGCUCCCCCAGGACAUGGGGGGGGGAUUUCAUCAGAACCAGGAGGCACCUCACACUUGGGCGGGGCGGGGGGGAGUAAAAAAAACCUCUUCAUCCUAAAUCUUGUGUCAGCAGGUCUUGGCCCCUAGAGACUACCUAGAUGUAUGACCUAAAUUUAUAAUUAUUGUCAUGUCUGAAUAGAUAGGAGAGGAGAAAAAAACAAAUUAAACACUAAUUUAAAGAGACAGUAUCUUUUUUUAAUCAGUUCUCCUAAACUUUAAUAAAGUGUAUCUUUAAACUGUAUGUACUAUUCAAUCCUUCGGAAUGUUAUAUUUUUGGAAAUCAUAGCUUUUUAUUUCAAAGGCCCCUAAAAACUGCACAAAAUAGAUGCUGCUUUCUAUAAUCUAUUUUAAUAAUAAAAAUGAUUCUGUUACCUUUACUUGGGGUGGAACACUACAUUCUUCUUAGAGUCUGAUUUUACGGAUUGGAAUAUCUUGCUUUUCCUUUAUUUAUUUGAAAUAAUUAGUCUAGUGAUUACAAAACCAAACUCAUCCAUUUUUAAAGGCCUUUUUUUUCCUUUUUUUAGAAUAGUUCUUCUUUUUAAGUAUUUUUGUGUAACAUCCAGAUAAUGUGAUACUGUCUCUUUGAAGAAUCCUGUAAACCUUUUAGAGAUUUGAAAUUGGGUCUUGACUCUUAAUGCAUGUGGACAGUCGCAAGCGUUCAUGCUGUUGGUGUAUCUGUGUUGAAAAAAAAACUGUAAUCUACAGUAAAGUACAUUCCGUUCAUGGGAAAACUACCCAAGGGAAUACAAAUAAAAUAUUAUUAUGACUAAGUUGUAAACCUAUGCACAUCCCUUGCAUUUUGGGCAACUUUAUAAAGAAAAAAACCUGAUUUUUAUUAUUACUAAUCAUGUAGUGAAAUGUGUUUGUAAUUUUGUCUCGAUUUAAUUUGUUGUAGGUGGGAGGGGGAGUUACUGGUUUCACCGUUUCAGAUCUGUGUUGUCUGAGAGUAUUACCGUUUUAAUUAAGCAAAGAAACGCGGAUUUUUUUUGUAUGUGAUUGUUAACAAUGCACCCAUCAGAGAGAAAAUACUGUGCAGUGAAGAAACCAGUUUAGGCAUUUGUUAUGAACUGACUAUUCCAAAAGAUUCAUUUAGAACAGCCCUGUAAAUUUCCUUAGAAAUGAUAACUCACGAUUCAGUUGGACCAAUUUUUUUUUUAAAUAUACUUCUUUUUAUGUGUUCAACGAUUAAAUGCCUUUGGGUCUGUCAUUUCAUUGCAGAUUUGUUCAGCGUGGGAAAUCAGAAGGCUUUCAGACAGUUUAAACAUUGGUUGGUAGUUGAGUUGCUAGGGCCCCUGGAGCGCAGACAGACUGCAGUGCCCUCGAGAGGUCUUUCGGUGGAAUAAACUGCAAGAGUCCACCCUGGUGAGAGAAAAGUAUUUCCAAGUCCAUUCAGUGAUCGAUUGACGUUAGGGCUGUCUGUCUGUAGUUUCUGCUUCCUCUUGCUCUACCUCUUGGAACAGGUGAAUUCUUAUCCACAUCCAUUGAGAGCACUGACCAUCUCUCUUCGCAUCUGUGACAUCACUUUUCACCAGUUAGAUAGCUGAGGUGGGGGUGGGAUGGGGGGCCUGGUAUUCUACAGUCCAUUUUUUUGUUUUUUUUCCUCAACAGGGCACAGAUGUUUUUAUUCCUAUUUGUGGGGUCCAAUUCCUUGCUUUACGCUGAAUGGAACCUGUCUUUGAAAUGACUCUAGCACUUUUCUGUCUAUAGCCUAGGAAGGUCCCAUUUUGGCCUGACUUGAAGAUCGCUUCGGAUGCCCUGGGCCUUUUCAGACUUGGUAGGCGUGGUCGGUGUCAGGGAGAGCCUGUAUUCCCACAGAUUCCCUCCUCCGCUAGUAACUGGCAUUGAUGGUGCUGGUUGGCUGAAGCUGCCUUUUGCCAGCAUCGAGGUGAUCUCUAGGGACGUACUCUCCAGGAGGCAGAAGUGGAUUGAGCUUCCUUGAAGUUGUCCAAUGAGAAGAUUAGCACUGAGAUCAAAGGAACCAGAAGUUUGAGCUGCUCAUGCCCUCUAGUUUUCUAAGAAAUAAAGUGCACUUCACACAGAUUUUCAUCCUGGUUGUAUAUGGAUAUACAAAGUUUCUGUUGGGUAUUUUUUAAAAAAAAAAAUUAGUACCUGUUCAGAUCUAGGUAAGGCAGCUGUCAAUUGUCCUAGGUAUCAGGGCUCAGCUCAGCUGUGACAAAGCUCCCUCUAACUCUAUUUCCAUCAAAGCACAAAGAAGAACCGACCUUGUGAAACAUUAAAAAAGAGAAGAAUUUCUUUUCUCUGAGCUGCUGGUAAGGAACCCGAUUUCUAGCACUAAUGCCCUGUACAAUUUGAAUUAAGGUAAUUGUUAAAUGAGAAGCCCUUUGAUGAUCAGAAUUUGACUUUCUUUCUGAUGAAAGUAGGUAGUCCUGCCCAUUUGAAUUUAAGGAGCACCUUUCUUUGGAUGCUUCAUGUCUUUUGCCUCAUUGAUCCCCCUCCAGACUGUGAGAUACAGAAAGGUAGUAUAAUGCCCAUUUUUCUGGUGGGGUAACCGAGGCCCAGAGCAUGCAAGGGACUGAUCCAAGGUCACCUAGUUGUUCAGAGGUGGAGCUGCAGUGCCCAAGGUCAUUCAGACACAAAUCCCAGAUUUCCUGACUCCUAACCCAAUGUUUCUCCUUUAGGCUACCCUGGCUGGAGGCAUAGCCCUAGACAAUCUCCUGGAAAAGAGAGUGACUUCAUUUCUGUAAGCACAAGUUUUCCUUCUCAAAAAAGAAUAUCUUUGGUAUUAAGUAAGGUAAAUGAAUCUGGUUUCAUCUUUCAAUCAUUUGAGCCCCAAGAGGCGAGUCAUUUGGAGGCUGGGCUGCAUCUCUGCCACUUCCCAGCCAUUGUGGGCUAAACCAUCUGAGGAAAUUUCUGUAAGUUGCUUCUAAUGGUUUCCGUUCCUGGAGCGAACUGUUCAAAGCUGGAGAGGACCCGACCAGCAACACAUUCCAAUCAGAAUCACAGGCUGGCUUAUUCAGAUUUCUUUUUCUCAGAACUGAAUUUUGGGUCAAGAUGACAUUUUCUGAACCUAGCCAGGUAGCGUGAUGAAUUUCAGUAUUGAAAUGUGGAAAGGGUUGGUUCCACUUAAUGCUUCGAAAAGAUUUCCCAUGGCAGAAAUAGCAUUGCAGCCUUCUAAAAUGCAAUUUCAGUGUCACGAUAGACUCAAGAGAGUGUACAAAUAUUUGAAUAGGAGGGAGGUACAGUGCUCUUAUUCCUUACUCAGAGGAAACCGUCUGCCUUACUGAUGCAGAGUCCUUGUGUGGAUUUUAGGGUUGGUUGGGUGGUUUAACUGAGUCCAAUAGCAUCCCAACUUUCUAGUCCUCGACUUCUUUUCAUGUCCCUGAAACCAAGCAUUUGAGGGGAACAGCUUUGCUCAAGCAAAGCAAAAAUAUAUAUUUAACACAAUUGAGCCCCCAGGGAAUCAACCUCUGCUGUCUUUCUAGACAGAUUGUAUGCAAGAAUGUCUUGCAGCGUUCUCUCAUAGCAGUUCAGCCCACAAAAAUUCAGUCAGUGGAACUAUAGCCCAUCACAGUAAAUAUGUAGAAUGGAAUUUGCCAUAGAGAAAACAGCAGUGAAACUGAGAGGCCACUUAAAGGGACCAAAGCACUGAAAUUUCCAUCUCCCUCACCCUCCAAUGCCAGACUCUUCUUUUCCUGAGAAACACGUUAUUUGUUAGCUCAACAUGGAAAGGGAAUGUUACAGGUGAUUUGUCUACUCUGGCAAACAUCAGUAUUUCCCCUACACAAAAGAACUGUCCGGGACCUUUGGCUUUCUAGUUUCAUAAAAGAUUUUCAUUUUGGUCUUUGCUGCUAUUGUGCACUCCCCUCUGCAGUGGUUUCUGUUUUCCAUCUUCAAAGUGCUUCUUUCAAACUGGACUCGAUCCGGUUAGACCAUUCUCUCUGAGCAGUUCCAAUGCUGUGUUGAGUGAAAAGGAUUUUAUCUGUCUCUUUUGAUCUGACAUUGAAUGUUGAAGACUUUCACAUCUCCAUCUUGAUUUCCCUGAGCUGUAAAUGAAUCUUCCUUUCUAGGCGGUUUUCUUAGCUGUCAACCCAACCCUGCUUCCAAGGGGGCUACCAGCUUUUUUAUCAUGAAUCAGACUCUUCUUAGUCUUGUAGACCGUCUUAUUCCUCAACAUAGGAUUUCUUUCCUCAUCAUAACCAGAAGUGAGGUGGUGGUGGGUACUCCAAAGGAGUUUGUUUUCCCUCUACUGUGAAAGGUGGAUCAGUCAUUUGUAUAUGUGGUUCCACGGUGCUGUAAAUAUACACAAACCACCACUCUGCCCCUUUGCUCCCCAUGACCCUACAAACUUGAACUCACCCAUCCUUCAAAAAACCUAGAGAAUUUGAUGUUAUUUUCCUCCUUUAAUUAUAUUUUCUUUCACUUGGAGGUAAAAGUAGAAGUAGCUAAAAUAGAAUGAGCCACUACAUUUAGCUAGCGAGGGCUUGGUUGUCUAGGAAAAGGCAUGAAAAGGGUUAGAAGGGCACAUCCCCAAGCAGGCAAGGAAUAUUCCGACUGUUUUCUUUGCCUUUCUUCUGGGCCUCCUCCUCUUCUGAGUGUAAGAGCAGCCUAUCCAAGGGUGAAUAGGACAGGCCAGGUGGCAUCCGUUCUUGAAAGGACCACCUGUUUUCCAAGUGAGCACCAUGAACAAAAUGUCUCUGGGGAAAAUUAAAACUCAAUUUUUCCCCUCUAGGAUCUCCCACCCCCACUCACUCACACCCAUUGCUGAUCUCCCACCUGUGUUGAUGGACUUAGCAACAUAGAAAAUGGAAAAUAUGAAGUUAGUCAUCGGGCAAGCUACCCAGUUUUGUCCCUGAGCAAAACUCCCUCGGUGGACAUGCCAUAUCUUCCUCCCAUCUUGAACCUGGGACUUGGCUACAUACACGUAUGUUUGCUCUAGCUUGUUAGGCAGAGGAAAGCUCACUAGCACUGCUCCUCAGAACAAUCAAAACUUGGAGACAAAUUUCUCUAGAGCAAGAGGUGGUCAUCACUUACCGGGUCUUGACAGUACAGACAGGCACUCCUCUCUGGUGUAGGUCCUCCUUUAAAAAAAAUAAAUCCAGAAUUUGGGGGGAUUAAUUUACAGACUCUCACCUGGGGUGAAGGGUGGGUAGGGGCGGGAGUGGGGAACCAUUUUGUUGAGCCACAAGAGGGACUGAUGGAUGCUGAGGCAGCACAGUUCAGAGUGUUGGGUUCAAAGCAUCGUCCUUUAAUUGUCAUGACAGCGCAUCACAAUUACAAACCCAAUUCUAGGGUUGUUUUUCAUAAAGAGUUUACCGUGUUCUUUUUUCUCUAAGUAUUACUGCCUUUUUAUAAAAGGUUUUGAAGUAUUGUCUCAGUGAUGAAAGAGAAAGAUUUGAAGUACUGUCUUGGAGAAAAACAGCAAGAGAGAGAGUGUUAAAUGGUUAUUGUAAAUUUCACCAUAUCCAAUUGUAAGUAUUGGCUUGGUCCAGCCACGCCUUGCUAUGUAAUAGCAUCUGUGCAGGAAAUGUCCUUCAACACCCAGGCUAUGGACGAAUUUAAAUGGUUCGAAUUCUUUGUAAAUGUCCUGCUUCUUUUCUAUGUGUGUGUCUAUUUACAUGCCUUAGCAACGCACUCACCCUCCCCCAUUCCUUUGCCCAACUGUCCCAAUCAACCUAAAGCCGAUGUUAAGCAUAUGAGAAGUAAAUGAGUCGAUAAAA